CGUGACGAUACUUUUCCGCUUCGAAAGCGCACCCUUUCUCCCACAUUCUUCCCUUUGGUUCGGUUAUUCUUCUAGAUGUGGCUUGCCCUUCGUUAUGUGCGGGCAACUUUACCAAUUCCUUGUCGCUUAGCGACGACACCGACACCCUCGUUCCGAUGCGCCGCCUCCACCCUCACCAAGGACCUGCUCAAAGCAUCGACUCCUGUUGCAGAGAAGCUUGCGAAUACCGACCUCUGGUCGCAUCAGCCCCGGAGAACGGCCGCGAAGAAGCAGACGACCAAGUCCAAGACCAAGACAAAAACGUCGUCCCGAUCAAAAAUCAAGGCGGUCCAAAAUGAGAAACCGUCGAAACCGUCAGGCGACAGGUCCCGAGUGAACAUUGUCAGCGAGAAGCUUUGCGAUGACAUUGUCAACUACAUCGGUCCCAGUCUGAAGCGUCACGUCGGAUGCGACCUCCUCGACAUCAACCCCGGCGCCGGCGUCUGGAGCAAGGCCCUCAACGACGCCCUCCAGCCUCGGUCGCACAUCCUGAUGGAACCCGACGCGGAAUUGUACAGACCGUUUCUCGAACCCCUGCUUUCCAAACCCAAUACGCGCCUCGUCCCGCACUCGGGCAUCCUGUGGGACGAGCUACAGACGGCCAUGGGCUACCUGGAGCACCAGGUAGAACAGCGCCCAAGCGACCCUUCGGUCGACCCGCGGCGCAACGACACACUCCUUGUCACGGCCAACCUGUCGUACUUCCCCAAGCGACGGUUCCGCAACUUCGACUCCAUCGCCGUGCUCGUGCUCUACCAGCUCCUGACCAGCGUGCGGUUCGGCUCGCUCUUCCAAAAAUACGGCCUCGUCCGCAUGCUCAUCUGGGUCAACGACGACGACAAGCGCACCUUCCUCCCCCGGUGCCUGCAGAACCGCAAGAAAUCCGCCCUCCAGGCCGAGUUCGCGUGCGAGUGGCUGGCCGAGGUGGCGGGGAAGGACCCCGCCUCGCUGCAAGUGACGCCGGAGCAGCUCCGCAAGCUCUACCUCCGCGACAAGUGGAUCAACGUCGACAGCGCGCGCGAGGCCCUGGCGCGGGCCAAGGCGAACGGCACCGGGCUGCCGCCGCCGCACCGACGGAUGGAGCUCACGGACGAGGUGAUCCGGCGGUACAAGGGCCGGACCAAGUCGGCCGCCGAAGCGGCGCAGGUGCGGCCGUCGUACAUCGAGCGGCCCUACAUGGCGGAGCUCGAGGCGCUCGACCGCGCCGCCGCCGCGGGCGAGCUGAACCCGGACGACCACCCCAAGGAGUGGGCGCGGCGCGCGGCGCUGCGGGCGCAGGCGACCAAGCAGGAGAAGUGGACGGCGCGGUUCCGCGAGCUGCUGCAGGAACUCGACGACCUGACGCGGCUCCGGGCCGCCGGGGCGCUGACGGCAGCGGAACUGGCGGCGCGCGAGGCCAGGUACAACGAGGAGGUGCAGAACCUGGGGAAGAACCCGCUGAUUGAUUUCCGGCUGCUGCGCGAUAAUGCGCACGUGUACCGGCAGAGGCCGCCCGUGCUGCUGUGGGACCGACGACCCUGGGAGCCCCUGCGGGUGGCGGACCACGAGUUCUUCCCCAACGUGGAGACGGCGCUGCUGGACGUGCAGCCCAAGGCGAUGCACCGGCUCCUGCGGGAGGCCGGGCCCGGGUCCAGCCGAGCGGGCGACAUGUUCGACCUCAUUCAGCGGUCCAUGCUGACGACGUCGCUGGAGCCGGUGAGUGCGUCGCUGGACAAGCUGUGGCCCGGGGCGCGGGAGGGGAUCCUGGAGCGGUGCCCGAGCCUGCGGGACCCGGCGAGGGGGGGUCUGCCGGGCGACGGGCACGCCGGGGUGUGUGCGAGGGUGCUGAACGAGGCGCAGUGGAUGGAGAUUUUGGAGGGGUUUAUGGAGUGGCCUUUUCGGCCGACGUAUGCGGAGCUCAUUGGGCGGCACGGGGAUGACAUGGAGAUGCCGGAGCCGGAGGGACAACACGGGCCCGAGUUUGUGGCUUGAUGCGUGGUCAUUUAGACUCUGUUGUAUAUGUACAUUGUGCGAUACAUGAUAGACGGCGCGCAUUAUGUAGAUUGUACGAUGGACGAUAGGCUUAGGUACCUUAAUAAGUAUAAUAAUACCCGGA